CGCCAUGAAGCGGCCCAGGCAGCCCAGCGGCUCCGACGGAGAGCCGGAGGGACCCAUCGACGUGGGCCACGAGGGCGAGCUGAGCCAGAUGGCCAGGCCGCUGUCCUCCCCCAGCCCCUCGCAGAUGCAAGCCAGGAAGAAACGCAGAGGGAUCAUAGAGAAAAGGCGCCGAGACCGCAUCAACAGCAGCCUUUCUGAAUUGCGGCGCUUGGUCCCCACUGCCUUUGAGAAACAGGGCUCUUCCAAGCUGGAGAAAGCCGAGGUCUUGCAGAUGACGGUGGAUCACUUGAAAAUGCUCCAUGCCACUGGUGGGACAGGAUUCUUUGAUGCCCGAGCCCUGGCAGUCGACUUCCGGAGCAUUGGUUUUCGGGAGUGCCUCACUGAAGUCAUCAGGUACCUGGGGGUCCUGGAAGGGCCCAGCAGCCGUGCGGAUCCUGUCCGGAUUCGCCUUCUCUCCCACCUCAACAGCUACGCAGCUGAGAUGGAGCCUUCGCCUAUGCCUGCCAGCCCCCUGGCUUUCCCUGCCUGGCCCUGGUCCUUCUUCCAUAGCUGUCCAGGGCUGCCGGCCCUGAACAACCAGCUCUCCAUCCUGGGAAGAGUGCCCGGCCCUGUCCUCCCCAGCGCCUCCUCUCCUACUUACCCCAUCCCGGCCCUCCACAGAGCCCCUGGCCCCAUCCUGCCGGGCAGGAGGAAUUUGUUGCCAAUUCGAGGGGCAUCGUCCAUCCGGAGGACCCGCCCCCUGGAGAGGCCAGCUGCCCCUAUACCCAUGGCUCCCAGCAGCAGGGCUGCCAGAAGCAGCCACCUCGCUCCCCUCCUGCGGUCUUCCUCUCCCACACUCCCUGGUGCUGCGGGGUCCCCUGCUUACGUGGCUGUUCCCGCCCCCAGCCCAUCUCCCCCAGGGCUUGCUGGGAGGCCAGCAGGAGCCAUGCUCUACCACUCUUGGGUCUCCGAAAUCACUGAAAUCGGGGCUUUCUGAGCUGGCUCCCACAUGCCUCACCCCACCCCUCAACCCGCAGGAGUAGGAUGGUUCUUUUUCCAAGAGCUCUAAACAUGGCACCGCUUUUUCUGCUUUGCUUCCUGGACCGGCUCCUACAUGAAGGCACCUUGUUCACACAUCAGAGGCCCUCUCCUCCUUCAGCCCACCUCUGCUCCUCACUGCUCGUCCCUGCGUAUUCACCCAGCUCUCCUGCAGCUGUUCUGAUCACAGAGGCUUGGUCCUAUUGCCCACCUGCACAGAUGAAUCCUGGGACAGCCCCUAAGAGCUGUGCCCAGACCCCUCUCCUGCCCAGUACACACGGGGCAGCAGGCAUGAACCUUGGGCCUGGGAAUGAAGCUUUACCCAAAAGGGUGCCAGGACCAUGGCCCGAGGCAGGCUGCUUCCGUAGAGAGGUUAGACCCCAGUGAGGAGCAGUGUCUGACUUCCCAGGCCAAGGGGCUGCAACACAGCGUCUGCCUCACUUCUUGGAGAUGGUAACUGGGCAGGGGCCACAAAGAGGCCCCCUGGGAACCCCGUCUACCCCUGCCUACCUGCCUCUGGGCCACUCCAUCAACAGGACAGAACUGUUCUCCAUGACUGCCAAGGCCUGGAGAUGGGGGGCUAAGUAGGCCCUGCUCUCACCCUCCCCCCCAGCUGCAGACACUGUCCUCCAGCUGACUAAUAGUUCUCUGCACACAGUUGGCCUGACAAGCCCAGCUGGAAGGUUUCUGGGCAGCAGCAAAACUCUGACAGGGUGUCCUCCACACCAGGCCUCGGACAGCUCUCCCAGACAGGAGCCAGGCUUGAAUGACAGAGAACUGGCUCCCUGCCUCUGACGGUCACCAUCCUCUCAGCGUGCGGUCCUUCCCUGUUGGGUGCACAGUGUAGAGGGGCGAUGCCCCACGUGACGGCACCCAGAGAGGAAUCCUCUUGGGAUUCAGCACCAGACGUCUGUGCUGCCUGGUUUGCAUCCGGCUCACAGAGCCCAGACUACUGGAACAGCCAAGAGCUGUCAGGCUGGACAAAAAUAACUGCGACGAGGGGCAAGAGGAAGGACACUCAGGGGCAGCUUGGCCCUUCAAGGUCACGCAGUGGGUCAAGAGCCUGAGAUCCUGCUCACCCAGGAUUCCACACAGCUGGCUCUGCUCAGAGGCCAUUUCAUUACCCAGCUCCACCCCAGGCCACUUUCCCCCAGCAGAGAGAACAAAUGGCCCAGUGACCUCAUUCCCAGUGGAACAGCAGGGACUGGACUGACAAUCAGCAGGACCAGUGUUGCCAUACCAGUUGAUGAAAUGUAGACACACUUCUGUGCUCAUCAGUAAAUGUUUGUUACCCCC